AUGGGUUCAUCUUUACACGCCAGAAUCAAAAAUUCAAUCAAAACAGUAGACGCAAUCGGGAUGCCCGGCUCCAAAAAAAAAGCCAUGGCUGUAAAGUCGGCUGGAAAAGUUAUGGCUUCCGUCUUUUGGGAUGCAGAUGGGAUCUUGAUGAUAGAUUACCUUCCUAAAGAUCAAACAAUUAAUGGAGAAUACUACGCUAAUCUUCUAGAUAAGCUUCAUCAAUGUAUUCAGCGAAAACGAACAGGUUUGGCGAAAAAAAAAUAUCUUCCACCAAGACAACGCUAG